ACUGACAAAGACUAUAUAAGGCUUGUACCUGCUUCUUUGGUAAGCCACCAAGCAAUUCAAGAUGAAGUGGGCAAUCAUAAUAUCCGUUGCACUCUUCAUAACAUCUGCAGAACUCAGAGAUAUACACAGGAGUGCUAGAGAUACAGAAUUAAGAAGUAAGAUCUGCAGUCAUAUAAAGAUUACAGGCAAAGAAGAGUUUGAACGUGUAAUCGUAUUCCACAUUGCACAAAACCUGCAGCAAAGUGAUUGCCCAGAUCUGAAGAAAAUAUCAGAAAAAUUUUCAGCUCUAGCGGAAAAAUGCUGUGCUGAUGAAGCUUCAGACCCUCAUUGUUUACAAACUGAGCUUGAUAUUCUUGAAGAUACAAUCUGUGCAGCACAGGCUGAAGUGGCAAAAAAUCACUGGAUUGCAACAUGCUGCAGUAAAGCUGGUGCUGAGAGGCAUGAAUGCUUGGUAAAGGGGAAACCAUCAGGAGAUCCUACACAUUUUCCGGUGUCAUCUGAAGAAGAGCAAUGCAAAAGUUAUACAGCUGAUACCAACGCGUUUUUGUCAAAUCUUAUCUGUGAAUCAGCAAAACGAUUCCCAAGAGAUCCUGCCACUAACAGUAUGAUAAUAACUUCAGGAUAUGGCAACAUUCUUGAAACCUGCUGCACAAAUGAAACUCUGAAAGAAUGUUUUCAAAGCAAGAAAGCAGUUUGGAAAGAAAAGAAAAGAUUCCGUAUUGCCAAAUUGAGAUCUAAUUGUCAAAUAAUAAAGAAAUAUGGCAUACAGGUCCUACAAGCUAAAAAGCUUGCUGGAAUGAGUAUGAAAUUCCCGUUAGUUGAUUUUCAAACACAAGUAGAGCAUACAAAGAAGAUUGUAGACAUGCACAAAACAUGCUGCGAAGGAGAUUCGUUUAAUUGUAUGACAAAAAGGUAUAAUUUAAUAAAUGGAGUGUGUGCAGACCAUGAAAAUGUGGCAAAAAGCAAGCAACUAACUGAGUGCUGCAAACAACCCCCCAUACGCAGAAGUCUAUGCAUUGACAAUAUAACACCUGAGCCUAAGCCAGAAGGAUUGGAUGAAAGACUUCCUGAAUACGUUGAAGAUAAAGAAAUAUGCAAAAAAUAUGAACUUGACAAAACUUCAUUCCUUGCAAAGUUUCUGCAUGACUUCUCAAGAAUACACACGGACUUUUCUGUUCAAAUGCAACUGAGAAUAGCCAAGACGUUUCAAGACCUACUUGAACAGUGCUGUUCAUCAGCGGAUCCUGUAACAUGCCUCAGCCAAGCAGAAGAAAUGCUUAAAGUUGGUAUUGCAAAGAAUAAGGAGCUUGCAGAUAGCAGGUGUCACAUUUAUGAAAAGGUCGGGAAAGAUGCAUUUGAAAACGUCCUACUUGCAACAUAUACCAAAAAGCUGCCAACAGCGCCACUUGAAAAAUUGAGGGAGGCAUCAAGCGCAAUAGCAAAAGCUGCAGCCAAGUGCUGUCCUUUGGAAAAUUUUAAGCGAAAUGCUUGUUCUGAAGAUAUAAUCAGUAUAGUGGUGGGCGAACUGUGUGAUAACAUUGGGAGCCUCUCUGUAAGUCCAAAGAUCCUGGCCUGCUGCAAAGAGUCCUAUUCAAGAGUGAGGCCCUGUAUCACUGAGUUUGACCAUGAUGAUACCUUUCAGCCACCACCCCUUGAUGAAAAGAAGUUUUCUUUCCAUGCUGACUUAUGCACCCUUCCGAAGGAUAAACUACAUGACAGGAAAGCCGAACUCCUUCAUGACCUUGUACUUGCAAAACCAAGUAUCACCAAUGACCAGAUAAAAGCUAGUAUCACUGCUUUCUACACUAUAACGCAAACCUGCUGCAAAUCACCUUCGCCAGACGCGUGUUUUUCAACAGAGGGUCCAAAGACAGUGGCACAUGUGAAAGCACUGCUAGGCCUCUAAAGACUCACGAUGCAGAUUCCAUACAGUGAACUUCUCAGAGGAUUGAAUGUCUCCAUAUGAGCUCUUCAACAUUGUUAGCGCUUUGUAUUAAGCACAGUUCUUUGCAUAGUGCCAGAUGCAAACAAAAUGAUUCACAAAAUGGACUGUAAUUUAUGCAACUCUUUUGUAUAAACAAGUCUGAUGCCAACAACACAGUUUGAAUGUAAGCAUAAUAUUGAUAUAUGAAGUGAUAUGUAGUAACUGUUCAACAGAGUAUUGUAUUUAUAAAUGCAAGACAGAAUAAAAGCAAAUGAUGCUAUUACUGCAUGAAGGCAUACUAUGAAUAAAAUAAUAACAUUCCAGAA